AUGAGCAAUGUGCCUAAAGAAGCGAUAGAGGUCGUAGCACAGAGCAUUGGCAUUUCCAAUUUGUCCCCCGAUGUCGCGCUUGCUCUCACCCCAGAUGUCGAGUACCGUGUCCGAGAGAUCAUGCAGGAGGCAAUUAAAUGCAUGCGACACUCAAGGCGAACUGUUCUGACUACAGAUGAUGUGGAUAGUGCACUUAAAUUAAGAAAUGUGGAGCCGAUAUAUGGCUUUGCCUCUGGAGAUCCUUUGAGGUUCAAGAGAGCUGCGGGACAUAAGGAUUUGUUCUACAUCGAUGACAAUGACGUGGAAUUUAAAGAUGUGAUUGAAGCACCUUUACCAAGAGCACCUCUUGGUGUAUCAGUUACUGCUCACUGGCUGGCAAUUGAAGGUGUUCAACCUGCAAUUCCAGAAAAUGCUCCUAUUGAAGCACUGGCAGCGUACUCUGAUGUGAAAAAAUCUGAAUACAAGGAAGAUGGAAUUCCUGUAGACAUUAAAUUGCCUGUUAAGCAUGUACUGUCAAGGGAACUUCAGCUUUACUUUGAGAAGAUUACAGAGCUUACUCGCAGGUCUAGUUCCACCCUCUUCAAAGAAGCAUUAGUCAGCUUGGCAACAGAUUCAGGACUACAUGCGUUGGUUCCUUACUUCACAUGCUUUGUUGCUGAUGAGGUUACACGGAAUUUGAAUAGUUUCCCUCUCCUAUUUGCUUUGAUGCGCCUUGUCCGGAGCCUUCUUCAAAAUCCUCACAUACAUAUUGAACCUUAUCUACAACAAUUGAUGCCAUCUGUUAUUACCUGCCUUGUUGCCAAAAGAUUAGGGAAUAGAUAUACUGACAAUCACUGGGAACUUAGAAACUUUACCGCAAACCUGGUUUCUUCAAUAUGCAAAAGAUUUGGGCAUGUUUAUCACAAUCUUCAACCACGUUUGACAAGGACUCUGCUUCAUGCUUUCUUGGACCCAACAAAAACAUUACCUCAGCAUUAUGGUGCAAUUCAAGGGCUAGCAGCCCUUGGUCCUAGUGUGGUUCGUCUACUUAUACUACCAAAUCUCGAUUCAUAUAUGCAACUUCUUGAACCAGAAAUGAUACUAGAGAAGCAAAAGAAUGAAAUAAAGAGGCAUGAAGCUUGGCAUGUCUAUGGGGCCUUGCUGAAAGCGGCUGGCCAAUGCAUGCAUGAUCGGCUCAAGAUGUUCCACAGUUUGUUGUCUCCUCCAGCUCAUGCCAUUUGGAAGAGCAAGGGAAGGGUUGCAACAACAAUGACAAAUAAACGCAAGGCAAGCACAGACAACUUGAUGCAGCAACCACCACUCAAAAAAUUAGCUUCCGAUGGCACGGGGGGAGCAAUGCCAAUGAACUCCAUGCAAGUUGACAUGCAAGGGGCUGUAGGUGGAUUUUCCUCAUCUGGUGGGGGUUUAAAUGUUGGUUUACCAUCCAUAUCCCACCAGUUACCAAAGGAACACAUGUCAGGAAGGGAGGUCAGUGGUCAAAUGGUAAAGGGUUCUACAGUUCUUGCUCAGGCGUGGAAAGAGGAGACGGAUGCAGGACCUUUACUGGCAUCACUGUCUGAAUAUUUUGGUGAAAGUGUGUUCACCUUUAUGCCCAAAUCAGAGUUGUCUCUUUUCCUGUGA